GGCGGAGUUGCGGGUGCGGGGCGGGCUGUUUGGGGGGCGGGGGUCCCGAUGACGGCAUCGGAGCGCGCCGCGCUGGAGCUCCGGGCCUGACUUUGCAGCUGGGGACUGCAGGCACCCCAUAGAGGCCCUCACCAUGGGGCUGGAGGCCCCGAGGCUGCCCGGGCCAGAGGAGGCCACCAUCAGGGUAGCCCUGCGAGUCCGCCCGCUGCUGCCCAAAGAACUGCUCCAUGGCCACCAGAGCUGCCUGCGGGUGGAGCCGGCUCAUGGCCGUGUCACCCUGGGCCGUGACCGCCACUUCAACUUCCACGUGGUGCUGGAUGAGGACACAGGGCAGGAGGCCGUGUACCAGGCCUGCAUGCAGCCCCUCCUGGAGGCCUUCUUCGAGGGCUUCAACGCGACCGUCUUUGCCUAUGGCCAGACAGGCUCGGGCAAGACCUACACUAUGGGAGAGGCCAGUGUGGCCUCCCUCCGUGAGGACGAGCAGGGCAUCAUCCCGAGGGCCAUGGCCGAGGCCUUCAAGCUCAUCGAUGAGAAUGACCUCCUGGACUGCCUGGUGCAUGUGUCCUACCUGGAGGUGUACAAGGAGGAGUUCCGGGACCUGCUGGAGGUGGGCACUGCCAGCCGAGACAUCCAGCUGCGCGAGGACGACCGCGGGAACGUGGUGCUGUGUGGAGUGAAGGAGGUGGAUGUAGAGGGCCUGGACGAGGUGCUCAGCCUCCUGGAGGCAGGCAAUGCUGCGCGGCACACGGGCUCUACCCACCUCAACCGCCUGUCCAGCCGCUCACACACUGUCUUCACUGUCACCCUGGAGCAGCGUGGCCGCUCUCCUAGCCGCCCGCCCCGGCCAGCGCCCGGCCAGCUGCUCGUGUCCAAGUUCCACUUCGUGGACCUGGCAGGCUCCGAGCGGGUGCUGAAGACGGGCAGCUCAGGCGAGCGGCUGCGGGAGAGCAUCCAGAUCAACAGCAGCCUCUUGGCGCUGGGCAACGUCAUCAGCGCGCUGGGUGACCCGCAGCGACGUGGCAGCCACAUCCCCUACAGAGACUCCAAGAUCACUCGGAUCCUCAAAGACUCGCUGGGCGGCAAUGCCAAGACGGCGAUGAUCGCCUGCGUCAGCCCCUCCUCGUCCGACUUCGACGAGACCCUCAACACCCUCAACUAUGCCAGCCGCGCGCAGAACAUCCGCAACCGCGCGACGGUCAACUGGCGGCCCGAGGCCGAGCGCGCGCCCGACGAGGCGGCCGGGGGCGCGCCCGCGCCACCGCGCCACCGCUCGGAGACGCGCAUCAUUCACCGCGGCCGGGGCGCGCGCCCGGGCCCCGCCGCCGCGGCCUCCUCCGCAGCUGCCGCCGCCGCCGCGCGCCUGGGUGCCGAGUGCGCGCGCUACCGGGCUCGCAGCGACGCCGCCUGCAGCCUCCUGCGCCAGCUGCAGGCCGAGCCCGGGCUGCCCGGCGCCGCCGCGCGCAAGGUCCGCGAGUGGCUGUGCGCCGUGGACGGCGAGCGCAGCGCCCUGAGCUCCGCCUCGGGGCCCGACAGCGGCGUCCAGAGCAUGUCCACGGAGGAGCCGGCCCCGCAGGGGCUCCGCGCGGGUCAGGAGGGGGAGGCGGCACCACAGCUGUUGGCCCUGCAGAACCAGGUGGCCCGACUGGAGGAGGAGAACCGGGACUUCCUGGCAGCGCUGGAGGAUGCCAUGGAACAGUACAAAUUGCAGAGCGACCGGCUGCGUGAGCAGCAGGAGGAAAUGGCGGAGCUGCGGCUGCGGCUGGAGCUGGUGCGGCCUGGCUGGGGUGGGGCCGGGCUCCUGCCUCCUGGCUCCUUUGUGCCCCGACCUCACACGGCUCCGCUGGGGGGUGGCCACACUCUUGUGCUGGGCACAGUGCCCCCAACCUGCCUUCCUGGAAGUGAAACUGGUCCUGAGAAUUUGGGAGAGGUGGCAGGUGACAGAGAAGCUGCAGCCGUGCUGCUGGCAGAGGUGGAACAGUUGGAAAGUGGUUCUUCCACAUCUGAGGAAGAGGAGGAGGAGGAGGAGGAAGAGGAGGAAGACCAGGAGGAGGACCAGGAGGAGGAGGAGUUGCUGAGGCAGGUUCGAAAAAAUGGCAUCAGCAAGUGGAGCCAGAGGAGGCGAUGCGCUGGAAGCCCCCCUGACAGGAAGGGUCCUGAAGUUUGCCUGCAGGAGCUGGGCACAGCACUCGCAGGGCCCAGAGUGGAAGGGAGCCAGGCUGCCCCUCGACCCCGCCAGGCCCCAGCUGCCUCGGCCUCUGAGUGGCGGCUGGCACAGGCGCAGCAGAAGAUUCGGGAAUUGGCCAUCAACAUCCGCAUGAAAGAGGAGCUUAUCAGUGAGCUGGUCCGCACAGGGAAGGCAGCCCAGGCGCUGAACCGUCAACACAGCCGGCGCAUCCGGGAGCUGGAGCAGGAGGCGGAGCGCGUGCGGGCUGAGCUGAGUGAGGGGCAGCGGCAGCUUCGGGAGCUGGAGGGCCGGGAGCCGCGGGAUGCAGGCGAGCGGUCCCAGCUCCAGGAGUUCCGCAAGCGGGUGGCCGCGGCCCAGAGCCAGGUGCAGGUGCUGAAGGAAAAGAAGCAGGUGACCGAGCGGCUGGUGUCGCUGACGGUGCAGAGCGAGAAGCGGCUGCAGGAGCUGGAGCGCAGCGUGCAGCUCAUGCGGCAGCAGCAGGGGCGCCUGCAGAGGCGGCUGCGCGAGGAGACGGAGCAGAAGCGGCGGCUGGAGACGGAGAUGCACAAGCGGCAGCACCGCGUUAAGGAGCUGGAGCUGAAGCAUGAGCAGCAGCAGAAGAUCCUGAAGAUCAAGACGGAGGAGAUCGCGGCGUUCCAGCGGAAGCGUCGCAGCGGCAGCAAUGGCUCUGUGGUCAGCCUGGAGCAGCAGCAGAAGAUUGAGGAGCAGAAGAAGUGGCUGGACCAGGAGAUAGAGAAGGUCCUGCAGCAGCGGCGGGCGCUGGAGGAGCUGGGUGACGAGCUGCGCAAGCGGGAGGCCAUCCUGGCCAAGAAGGAGGCCCUGAUGCAGGAGAAGACGGGGCUGGAGAGCAAGCGCCUGCGGUCCAGCCAGGCUCUCAGUGAGGACAUCGUCCGGGUGUCCAGCCGCCUGGAGCACCUGGAGAAGGAGCUGUCGGAGAAGAGCGGGCAGCUGCGGCAGGGUAGCGCCCAGAGCCAGCAGCAGAUCCGUGGUGAGAUUGACACCCUGCGGCAGGAGAAGGACUCACUGCUCAAGCAGCGGCUGGAGAUCGACAGCAAACUGCGGCAGGGAAACCUGCUGUCCCCGGAGGAGGAGCGGACACUGUUCCAGCUGGACGAGGCCAUCGAGGCCCUGGACGCUGCCAUCGAGUACAAGAACGAGGCCAUCACGUGCCGUCAGCGGGUGCUGCGGGCCUCAGCGUCUGUGUUGUCGCAGUGUGAGAUGAACCUCAUGGCCAAGCUCAGCUACCUGUCGUCCUCUGAGACGAGGGCCCUGCUCUGCAAGUACUUCGACAAGGUGGUGGCACUGCGGGAGGAGCAGCACCAGCAGCAAAUCGCCUUCUCGGAGCUGGAGAUGCAGCUGGAGGAGCAGCAGCGACUGGUGUACUGGCUGGAGGCAGCCCUGGAGCGGCAGCGCCUGCAGAUGGACCGUCAGCUGACGCUGCAGCAGAAGGAGCACGAGCAGAACAUGCAGCUGCUGCUGCAGCAGAGCCGAGAUCACCUGGGAGAAGGGUUGGCAGACAGUAGGCGGCAGUAUGAGGCCAGGAUCCAGACUCUGGAGAAGGAGCUGGGCCGCCACGUGUGGCUAAACCAGGAGCUGAGACAGAAGCUGAGCAGCGUGCAGGCCGCGGGCCAGAGCAGGGGCGGGGACAAACGGGCCUUGUGCCUGGAGAGCCGACAGCACCCUGCGAGUGAAGAAGAGCCCCAGCCGGCACCCCCCGAACUGCUCUGGCAGCCCUCGCACGUGGAGAACAACCCCCGCGGCCCCCGGGAGGAGGCAAGGGACUUGGUCCACGCCCCGCUACCUCUGAGCUGGAGACGCUCCAGUGGGUGUGGCGAGGAGCCCGUUGCCCCCGAGGAGCUCAGGCAUCGGGAGGCGGCGGAACCCCUGGUGGGCCGGGUGGUCCCUGCGGGGGAGGCGGGCCUCCCCUGGAGCUUCGGGCCUCUGGCCAAGCCGCGGCGGGACGCGCGCAGGGCCAGCCCUGGGAUGAUCGAUGUCAGGAAGAACCCCCUGUAGGCUGGCAGUGCUCACCUCCCUCUGAGCACUCCAGGAGCCAGCUGAAGGGAGGGGACCAAGAAGUGAGGACUAGGCUCGUUCUUGAACCCACCAGCAGUCCUGAUUGCUGCGAACUCGCGA